AUGACUGUGCAGUACAAUCAAGAUGUUCUAACCGGAGGUCCAGUGGUAUUUCUACGUCUUCUUCUGAGAUGGAAGGGCUGUGUCAUCAAACUGAUCUACAUUGACUUCAUUGUUUUUAUCGUGGCCUACGGAGUGGUGAGUUGCAUCUACCGUUUCGCCUUGACGGCCAGUCAACAGAAGCAAUUCGAGAGUGUGGUGCUGUAUGUCUUUGACUUUCAACAAAUGAUUCCCAUCUCCUUCAUCCUCGGAUUCUACGUCCAGUUGGUAUUUUCACGUUUUUGGCAACAAUUUAACUCAGUGCCGUGGGUUUUUACACCAACCUUGGCGGUGAUGGGAGCCAUUCAAGGCGAGGGAAGAGCCAGAGCAAUUCGACGGACGUGUGUACGAUACAUGAAUGCCAGCCUCAUUAUCGCGGCAUCUCGACUUCAUGUGGCUGCUAAGAAACGAUUUCCCACCACACAACACCUCGUUCAAGCUGUCCCGCCUGAACGGCUCCGAGUAUUCCGAUGUGUUGACGAUGAACUGACGACCAAUGAUGGAGGACAGGAAGUACGAGUAGACCGCCAAAGUCACCACCUGAAACGCGUUAAACAGGCACACAUCCCCUCUCCGCCUCAUCCCCUAUCCGCUUCAUCAACAACCACAGCAGCAGCUGCUGCACCAGCUGCAACAGCUGCAGCAACACGACGUGACAGUCAUCACACAACACCUCAUCACCCCUUCCCCAACACAACUCCUCUUCCUCCACCACCUCCACUCUCCACUUCCGACUGCCCCGUUUCCGCAUUUGGUCACAACACUGUCGCCGACUACUGCAGUGACAGUUCAGCACUACCGCUACAAGUCAACACUGACCACAUGCUCCCACUUCCAACCUCAAGUCUGAGACACGUUUGA